UCCGCUAGUCGGGAGGAAAGGUGACACAUAGGAGUCGGUAGAAAGAGAGUUCAUCGAGAGAGAGGGAGAGAGAGCAGAUAGAAUUGGAUCUCCGACCAACCGAAUGUAAAACCCAACCACUACUCUUACCGAUCGUAUUCGCACCCGGAUCCAGGUCGUCUUCCUCUCCUUCUCUAUUCGCAGCGUUUGCUGCGGCAUCAGAGUUGAUAAGGGAUCAUAUUUGGUUCAGGUAGAUGUCUAAAGCGGUAUACUUAUCAGGAGUCACAAUAUUGGAUAUUGGUUAUCCAUCCCAUGUUUAAUUCACCUCUUCUUUCCUUAACCAACGUCUUGGAUUUGAGAAAAGCAAAGUCUUAGUUGUCCCAGAAUAUAUGCAUGGGAAUUAACCUCCUUUCUUGAAAAUGUGCCAUGCGGAGGUCUAUCAUGAACUGGAAUAAGUGAUAAUCGGUGCACCAUUCAUACUGCGAGAAACAUUUUAAAGUUUGAUGAUAUGGGCAAGGAUAAUUGGCUGCAAACAGAUGGUGGAGUAGCUAAUGAAGUUUCCUCGCCAGUUGAUAGGGAUGAUUCUGGGACGUAUUCUGCAUCACGCCACAGCUUAGACACCGAAGCAGGCUUGGCGACUUGUCGUGUAUGCCACUGUGCUGAAUCUGACAAAAGGGGAGAUGUUGCCUUGGGAUUUUUGGGCAUCACUCCACUAUUACGAGAUGCACAUGCAAGCAGUGAAGACGUGAAGCCUAAUUGUAAGGAAGUCUUGAAAGAUACUAAAAGUGAUGAUUCAUGCAACAAAAAUGCUAGAAAAGUUUCUGGAGUUGUUGAGUUUGUCAGCCCUAAAGGGGAGGUUUUCGUUUGUAAACAAGAUAUAGAAACGGGUUUUAGCCAUCAAGACUCCUUACUUGAGCUAGGUUGCUCUUGUAAAAAUGAUAUUGCUCUAGUACACUAUGCAUGUGCACUCAAAUGGUUUGUAAAUCAUGGAUCUACGGUCUGUGAAAUUUGUGGACACAUUGCGAAAAAUAUUAGAACUGCAGACUUCAAGAAGGUUCUAGUUUCAUUGAAAGAUUAUGAGGCGUUGAGGGAAAGGACUGCCAAUGGGGAAAUUAACCCACAACAAGUGCAGACAACUUCCGGUGUAGACCCUGAUGCUGUUGCCGCUAUUCGAAGGCAAAGGCUAAGUGAAAUUUCAUUGUGGUUUAAUCCCUAUAAUAACAACAAUCCUGCCACUGCUUCACUAAUGGUCACCGAACAACUUUCUGAUAUUGUUACUGAAGAAAUUGUACCUACUGAAAAUCCUGCAACAAAAUGGGCUGUGGAGGGUACUGGGAUCCUGCUUGCCACAGGGCUGCUUACUGUUACUCUCGCAUGGCUCAUUGCCCCUCGUGUUGGAAAGCUCCUACAAGAUAGAUAUCCCGAGCAGAAGGGGAAUUGGAAAAAUAAGGGUUGUAGAAAGAGAACCCAGUCACCUAUUUCUAAAUAUCGAUAAAAACCAGGUGUUCAAAAUGUACAGCACUUAUUUUAUUGAAUAUUUGUUAAAUACAUUUAUAUUUUUCUUAUGGUUUUUGACAUUUCUACAAAUUGGGGAGGUGGUCAAUGUUGACCAAUGUGGAAUCAGAUGGCUUACAUGUGAUGUGACUAUGUUUUGUUAUUGAUUUCAUUUUAAAGUGUCUUGAAACUUAAAUGAGUAUCCACACCUAUGCAGAUGUAUGUAACCCGUAAAAAUUAUAUCUAAAUUGAAAGACACUGCUGGCAUUCUAGUGCUAUGUACAUUGCCUUUGUAAUUGUGGAAAUAGGAUGUUUUGUCGCCUAGAGAGGAAAAAGAAAGGUGUUGUACGUUAAUGAUAUUAUGUGUAGUACCUUCAAAACCGUAGUCGGUAGUCCUUGUUAGAUUGUUAACUACCGACUCAUCUAAAGAAUGAAGCUAUUAGAGAGAGGGGUAACCUUAUUAUUUUGGGUUCUCAACACGCCCUAGACUCUCUUAUACGUGUGGGCCAAAUGUAUAAAUAUUUAAAUUAUCAGGCAGCAAUGAGGUUCGAACACAUGAUCUAUUGUCUAUUUUGAUACCAUAAUUGAUUGUUAACCACCAAUUCAUCUAAAAGCUUGAACUAUUAGAAAGACUAGUACUUUGUUGUUUAUAUCCUUAGCAACCUUCGUUGUAUAACAAACCACCAAAACGCACAAGUCAUCCCAAGGGCAAAAAUCAGAAUUCCUAUGGGGAAACCACUGGAUGGGAGUGUGUAUUUAAUGCAUAUUGCCUAUGUGCGUUUUCAAAGUGGAAACCUUAGGAAGCAUUUCUAACAUGGGGAGAAUUGUAGGAAGUGGAAGGUAAGAAAAGCUUUGCUUGUAAUUUGCCAUUUUGGAUGAAACUGGAUUCAACCCCAUAAUUGGGUUCGUAAGUAGACGUGUGUUGUAGUUCUUAGUCUAAGUGAUGGAGUUUUACAAAAUAUUUGUUGUAUGGAGUCAUUUGUUACUCUAGAGUGACCAUUGUGCAAUAUGGAAGCAGUAGAAAGGAAUCCAAGUUCACUAACUUGUGGAUUGAGAGUAUUUCUUAUUUCCCUUCCUGGAGUUGUUGGUCACGCAUUUCAGGCACAAAUUCCAUUCCAGUGUCAAUAUCAUGUUGUGUCGAAACAUGGACACAACUCAUUUUGAAGACUCUAUCCUCCAGUUGUUGGAAAUAAUGGGCUAUCCUCCUAACUGAAUAGGCCUUUAUUAGUGCAAAUUAUGGGAAGCUUGUUGUGCAUCUAUGUCUUUCAUUAGAAUCAUGAUGUGUAAUGAUCAUACUGAUGGUAUUGAUAUCCAUGCGCGAGUGUGGUGGGCCGAACCAAACUCCACUGUGGGUUGGUCCACGAUACGCAAACGGCACAAAAGGCUUGGGCCGAGCAUGGAGGGUCUGGCCCAAGCACUCGGUUUGGGCCUAAGCCAAGCACAGGCCUGUGUAGCAGGUUAGGCCGAAUAGAGAUGGGCCGGACCGAACGGUCCAUCAGUUUAGGAAGUCUAGGAGGUGGACCCGUGGAUCGUCCCUUCGGGUCGGUUUAACGGGUCGUCCGGGCAUCAUGAGUCGGCCCGACCCGGGCUAGAGGAUCCGCGCAAAGGGUCCCUCCAGUUGGUUCUAAGGGUGCCUAGAACAUUCCAAAGCUAGGGCUAGCGUGGGCCAAAUGUCACCCUGACGUCACUGAGCUAAGGCGGUUACAUGUGACGUCACGGGCAUGUGCCAUGCACACUUAGCUUGGAGAGAAAGUACAUUCGCCUAUGAAAGGGAAGGGAUAAACCCUAAGAGAGAUACGUUCUCACACCAUACCACAGUACUCUCUCCCUCUCUUGUGUACUUACAUGCUCGUUGGAGGGGCGUAAGGCGGCCAACCGCCCUACGCCUUGGUGCAGGUACAUCAAGGAGCGACGGGAUCCAAAGAGGUCAAGCGAAACCACCACACCACAGCGAGCAUACAUUUGUUCCCUUUUAAUUUCAUCUACUAACAUCAUGCGAUCAUGUUCUAGUUUAGAGAAAGUUGGAAACGCACCAUAGUGGCUCACGGGCUCUUUUUACAAGAAAAAUAUGAGACCACAUCCAACAACUCAAAUCCUGCGUUGUUUCUUGGCUGAUUCUGGGUCUUCAAUUUGAAGAAUAUAUUUUUAAUGUAGAUGAAGCUAGUAAAAAUCUUACUGCAGUCCUAUAGUCUCUAGGGCACGUUUAAUUUCCGGAGUAAUUUUGAGAAGGAUUGUGAAAAUUGGAGUUAUAGAUGGGGAUGGAGGGGACAUGGAGUCCAAAGUUUAAUGGUUGGGGUUAGAUGUACCAUGGGAGUAGUUAAAAGUUUUGGUUAGAGUGGGCUAAAGAAUAAUGCAAACGGAGGAGGAUUACGUUUUCCGAAGGGUUAUGUAAUCCCGAAAAGAAGGAUUACUUUUGGUUGGAGUAUGUAAUACCCCAUCCCUGUCAUACUGCCAAAAAAUAUAGCAUUGUCUAGUAGAUUAUUACGGGACUUAAACCCGCCAAACGAAAGGCAGAUUAUGCAAUCCUUGGGACCAUAUGUUCCCCAGUCGGUCAAAUAUUUUAAUUUUUUUUUCAAACGUGUAGGAGAUUAAGCUAAGGACGUGGGGUCCCUUCAAACUUCAAGUCUCACUCAAAGAGCUUGUAUGUGUCUAAUACAACCCCCUAGCCUGCUACCUGAUAUGCAUAGAUUAAGUCCUGCUCCUUGUAAGACUCGGAUUCGGAUCUUCUAGCAUUGAAUUUACCUCCUAUUAUUGCUCCCCUUAACUCAUUGGAACAAAGUGGAGAUGAGGGGCAUUUAUGCCCCCUAAACUUGUUUCUCUAAUCUCUCCAUCUUGUCCAUCUCUUUCGAGUUAUCUUCUUCUUCUUCUCUUCUACCCUCCUAAACCCUAAUCUGCAAUUGGAGUCUAGGCUUAAAUGAAGUGUAUGAAAAGCUUGAAUGUGCACAAAAUACUCCAUAUCUGAACCCCUCCCCCAACUAAUGUCAUUGACUCAGUACCAUUUGGAGUAAAACAAGUUUACUUUCUCAAGUCCAACAAGGCUUUGUUAAUUCCAUAGAAUACCUGUUCAUCACCAUUUAGUUUCUUCUUCCUUUCCUAGUGAACUCUUCAUAAUAAUGAAUUGUAAGAUAUUUCAGUGACUAAUCAACAUAAAUAGCUCCCUCGAAGGACAUUUUCUUUGUUACUACACAAAUGCUUGAUUUCAUUAUGUGGGGGGGCUGA